GAAAAGAAAGGAAAUCAGAUAUGGGUUCCAAUUCCAAGAGCUUCCUUUUCCUUGCUCUUUUAGCUGCACUUGUUGUGCUUCUCCUUUCCUCGAAAGUGGCAGCCAGAGACCUUGCCGAAGCUACCACCGAAAAGAACCAUGGUACCCAAAAAACCAAAGCUAACCUUGGAGAGUCCAAGUAUGGGUAUUAUGGUAACAGGGGAUACGGAAACAGUGGAAAUGGAUAUCCUACGCGCCCCAUUGGUUAUGGUGGUACAAAUCUUCCGGAUCCCAUUCCUUCUGGUAGCGGAUAUCCUACGUACCCCGGCGGUGGUGGUUAUAAGCCUUGCUACUACCCGCCCUGCUAGACUAUUACACAACCUGCUGCUCCAUGCUCGAAACUCAUGCCUCCUAGUUUAUGGAAUUUGAAUAAAUAAAUUUGUAGAAUAAAAGUUUGUUUCUUGUGCAUUUGGGGCUUAUGUGAUGUUAUGUUUGAUAGAGUAUAAUAAUCUGUUGUUGUUUCUGUUGUAACCGAUCCAGGUCAGUUGAGCCUGGGCUAUUAUAAAUACUUGGGUGUUUGUAUCUGUUUAA